AUGCUACUGCGUGAUCCGCGGUCUGCGAGCCCCGGCGGGGUUGGGAUCGGAGUUGGGGCCGGUGCCAGCGUUGAAAUUGGCUCCCCGUCUUUCACCGAGACGGCGCGCAUCGCCCUGGAAGCUCUGAUGUUGGGAGGGGGGCAGCGUUACUGGGGGGCUCUGCGAGCCGAACGGGAGAUCGGAUUCCUGUCGCCCGAGGAGAUGACGCUCAUCCCGGCCAUCGUGCGCUCCCGGUACCUUAAUGUGGAUACCACCACGGUCCAGGUUCGAUUUCAGCCCCCGCCUGGAUCAGGACUCCCGUCCAUCAAAGACGUGGUCCGGGACGGGAUUUGUGGUGCUCAGAAGCUGCUGGCCCUGGUCAGCCCGCGGCUCUGCGACCUCGACGUGCUGUGCGACCUGCUGGAGGCGGCGCGGUGGCGCGGGGUCAGCGUCUACCUGCUGCUGGGCGAGCACGGCUUCCCCGCCUUCUCCGCCGCCUGCCGCCAACUUGCCGUGGACCCCCUGCACUGCCACAACCUGAACGUCCGGAAGCUGGCCACGCCGCGUUUCGUCGCCACAUCCGGCUCGUUUUUCUGCGGGAGACAGCAGCAGAGAUUCCUGAUCAUCGACUGCGAGCACGUGGUCACUGGGACUUACGGGUACACGUGGAUGGACGGUCACGUGAAUGCACACAUGAUCACAAUUUUCUCUGGCCAAGUGGUCGUCGAGUUUGAGGAGCAUUUCCAGGAGCUGUACGCCCAAUCGCUGCCCUUGGAGCGAGACAUCGUGGCCCCCAGCAAGACCCCACUGCCCGAGCGAGGGCCAUCAAACCUGCAGAAACAGCGGCGUCACCUGCAGGAUCAGAAACAAAGUCAGCAGCCGCAGCAGCAGCAGCAAAAAGAGCAGCAGCUACAGCCGCAGCUACGGCAGCCACAGCAACAAGAGAUCCAACAACAUCUUCCACGGCGCUGCUGUGAGCUGAAGCCAAACAUUGGCCCUGAGAGAAGCCACCUCAACAUCGACCACCGACACAACAUUGGGCGUCACGUCCAGCAGCCCCUCCGUGUGCCCGGCAACAUAUGCGAGCUGGAGGAAGUCUUGGAUGGCUGCCUUCUCUCGGGCAUCUGUCCUCCGACGGGGCAGUGCAUGAGCCACUUCCAGAGAGGCCCAAUUCCCACCGACCAGCUUGAUGUUCAUCAGGACCUUCAAUGCCAACAACACCACCGCCGCAACCAACACAACCACAACCUCCUCCACCUCCUCGACUGCCCUCAAAGCCGCGGUGCACAGAUACACAAGCGAGCUCAUCAACUGCGGGAUGAUCUCCAGGAGUUGGAGCUGUGUGGGAUCCCGUGGAGCAGAAGGUGUCUCCAAGGACGGGCUCCGUUGGAUCAGUGCUGUGGUGGUUUUUGCCGAGGAGUCCCAGCGAGACCGGAAGUGGCGUGCGUGAAGUGGCGUGGUGGUGGUGGUGGUGGUGGCGAUGGGAGUCUGUCUGCUGGUAGCAAUGAUGAGUCUGUCUACGAAGGCUUGUGGGACUCAGGAUUUGAUGACUAACUCGUGCUACUCUGCCAGAUCAUCAUCGUGAUCUUGGUGGUGAUAGUAUGGCUAAUGAACCUGGUUAAUCAGGAUCAUUUAGCUGUAACUGUAGGCAUAUAACAUGUUGUCCAGCGAACUCCUACGAUGAAUGCAGUAUAGGGACGCAUAGAAUUAGCAUUGAUCUAAUGCUUGCAUGCAAUCGCAUCUCAGAGUGCUUUAAAACCUGCAAUAGAAUAGAACAUAUCAGCAGGGCCCUGGUGAAGAAAAUAUGAUACAAACUU